CAGUACAUACAGUGAGUGAUACACUAUUUGACAAAAGGGUCGGUAUUUGAUAUGAGGUGUGUCUCUAUGUGUUAGACUUGUUAGUUGUCAAACAUAUGACCAAUUGAUUGAUUAGUAUCACCACUGAAUUGUUUGACAUCAAUGGCCACUGAUUUGGAUGAGCCGUUGUCCGACAGCGAUAAGAUGCGAAUCGUCACUGAUUUCAUACUUCACGCUCCGCCGGGAGAGUUCAGAGAAGUGGUCAAUGAUGUGCGUCAACUGCUCAAUAAUGAUCAGCUUCUUAAAGAACAAGCCUCGAGUGUAUUCGCACAGUAUAGCAAAGAUCAGUUAACUGCCGUCACUAUAGAGUCGACACAAAAUCAGACACUUAUCACUGAAUUCAAUGAAUUUGGAUCCAAUCGAUAUUAUGAUCCUCGAAGUCGACUAUCUUUUAAAUUUGACCACUUAAGAGAAGAAGCGUCUGACUAUGAAACGUGGACACCGGACUCAAAUAGCGAACCGUGGAGGUCAGCGUUGGAUCAAUUAUGGAGCAAAUACUGUGCCGAUCACUACCACAAUGGAGUGAGUGCUGUGUUUGGGUUGAGUCAGAGCGGACAGAUCAGUUUGACCGCAUGUAUUGAAGACCACCAGUUCCAACCUAAGAACUAUUGGAAUGGUCGGUGGCGUUCAGUAUGGAGUAUAACAUUUUCAGGGUUGGGUAGAGUAGAGGUUAAGGGAACCAUCAAAGUUCAGGUGCAUUAUUAUGAAGACGGAAAUGUACAACUCGUCAGCUGUAAAGAUAUCAAAAAACUUAUUGAUAUAUCAAGCGAAACACAAAUGGCUGAAGCAAUUGUUGAGUUGGUUGAAGAGGCAGAAAGGGAGUACCAGACGGCCAUCUCAGACAACUACCAGACUAUGUCUGACACUACUUUCAAAGCAUUGAGACGUCCACUACCGGUGACCCGAUCCAAGAUUGACUGGAAUAAAAUCAUGAGUUACCGUAUCGGCAAUGAAUUGAAACAACACUAAUAAAUAUUUUAACAUUGAUUUUAACUAUAUAUUGAAAACAUUACAAAGUUAUUAAUAAAUAAACGUU